GAGAAAAAGAACCCAAAAAUCUCAAAAUGGCUAUCAAUUACUUCCUUCCUCUGUUUCUUUCCCUUAUCAUCUCCUCUGUUUCAGCUAAUUUCCAAAGAGACGUUGAGAUCACUUGGGGAGAUGGACGUGGACAGAUCAAGAACAAUGGAGAGCUCCUCACUUUAUCGCUAGACAAAUCCUCUGGAUCUGGUUUCCAAUCCAAAAACGAGUACUUGUUUGGUAAAAUCGACAUGCAAAUGAAACUCGUCCCUGGAAACUCCGCAGGAACAGUCACAACACUCUACUUGAAGUCACCUGGAACAACAUGGGACGAGAUUGAUUUCGAGUUUCUAGGGAAUCUAAGUGGAGAUCCUUACACACUUCAUACAAAUGUCUACACACAAGGCAAAGGAGACAAAGAGCAGCAGUUCAAACUCUGGUUCGACCCAACAGCUGAUUUCCACACUUACACCAUUCUGUGGAACCCACAACGAAUCAUUUUCACCGUCGAUGGAACUCCGAUUAGAGAAUUCAAGAACAUGGAGUCUGUAGGCACUCUGUUUCCCAAGAACCGACCAAUGAGAAUGUACUCUAGUCUCUGGAACGCCGAUGAUUGGGCCACGAGAGGUGGUUUGGUCAAAACCGAUUGGUCUAAAGCUCCUUUCACUGCCUCGUACCGUGGCUUUAACCAAGACGCUUGUGUUUGGUCAAACGGCAAGUCUUCUUGUCCUAAUGGCUCGAAACAGGGGACUAGUGGCUCGUGGCUGACGCAGCAGCUUGACUCUACUGCUCAAGAAAGGAUGAGAUGGGUGCAGAAGAACUACAUGAUCUAUAAUUAUUGUACGGAUUCGAAGAGGUUCCCUCAAGGUCUUCCUAAAGAAUUAAACAAUACAAGAGUCACAAACGGCGAACUAAACUCCAAAAAGACUAAGAGUAACCUCCCUUGUAUAAAUCCACCCCCAACACACACGGUCCCAAUGAAUGAUUUCAAUUCUCAAUCUUAUCGACACAUAAGCAUGGACCGUUUUACUUUGAUCUUAUCUCUACUCCUCACUCUCCUCUUCUUCGCUCCGGCUUUCGCCGGAACUUUCGACACAGAAUUCGAUAUCACUUGGGGUGAUGGUCGUGGCAAGGUCCUUAACAACGGAGAGCUUCUCACUCUCUCUCUCGAUAGAGCCUCCGGCUCUGGUUUUCAAACCAAGAAAAAGUAUUUGUUCGGAAAAAUCGAUAUGCAGCUCAAACUCGUCCCUGGAAACUCUGCCGGAACUGUCACUGCCUACUACUUGAAGUCGGAUGGUAAUACGUGGGACGAGAUUGAUUUUGAGUUUCUCGGUAAUCUAACUGGUGAUCCGUAUGUGAUGCAUACGAAUGUGUAUACUCAAGGCAAAGGUGAUAGAGAACAACAGUUUAAUCUCUGGUUCGAUCCAACGGCAGAUUUUCACACUUACUCUGUUUUAUGGAACCCUCAUCGUAUUGUUUUCUUGGUUGAUGGAGUUCCGAUAAGACAAUUCAAGAACCUACAACACAGGGGGAUCCCGUAUCCGAAAAUGCAGCCGAUGAGGCUUUACUCGAGUCUAUGGAACGCGGACCAGUGGGCCACAAGAGGAGGUCUUAUUAAGACCGACUGGUCCAACGCACCAUUCACCGCUUCUUACAGGAACUUUAGAGCGGACGCAUGUGUUUCGUAUGGCGGAAAAUCAGCUUGUCCUGCGAGUUCACCAAGAUGGUUCUCUCAAGGGCUUGAUGUAACUGCGGAAGCUAAGAUGAGAGCGGUGCAGAGGAGGUUCAUGGUUUAUAACUACUGUACGGACUCCAAAAGGUUUCCUCAAGGAUUUCCAAAGGAGUGUAGAAUUCCCUAGCUGGUCACUAGCUUCUGCAUCUUGUGUAGUUAAUUAAUGUUUGGUCCGAAACUCCAAAGCUAGUAGUAUCUAGGUUCGUCCAAAAUAUGUAUGUAUUGUGUAUUUAGGGUUUAUGUUAAUCAUAUUCCCAUGUUUCUAUGUAAAUGUUCAGAAUAAAAAUGCGUGUGAAUUAUGAUGGGUUUUUUUCUUCUAACAA